AUGCCUCACACCCUCUACGCCACCGCUGCCAUUGUAUUCUACACUGCCAUGGUUUUACUCUCAGCGCACAUGUCUUCCCGAGCCGAACCGCCUAGCCGGCCGGCAGUGACCAUGCCGUCCGAAGCACUGUCGUCAGCAUUGGAAGCCGGACAUGGCCAAAGACGUUGUCGAUGCGUGGAAAGACGAGCAGAGCACCAAGUUCGUAAAGCACUAAGACGCGAAGAACGCCUCGUCGCCGCUUUCAACGAUGCAGGACGCCUACUCCUCAAUCGCCGUACAGCCUUCGGCGCGGGUCACUGGACCACAGUCUAUGGAUACCCGAGCACCGGGGGAUGUUAUACGCUGAAGUGCGACGGUGUGGAACUCGACUUCUUGGGCUUGAGCCGCUUCGAGCGCUCAUUCAGGUCAGGAGAUCCGGAAGAGGAGGAUGCGCACUGCGCAAGGAUGAUGAAGCUUGGGCCAAACUGGUGGAAGAGCCUGACGCAUUAUCUGGUCAACCAGUCUUUUGGGAAUUCCACGUGGGAAGAUGCUGUUGUCAUUGCUGGCUAUCCAGCAGCGGGUGGUCUCUGGCUGCUGAAGACCACCAGGGCAGAGGCUGCUAACGCUGGAGCUGCGAGAAUUCACAAUGCGAGGCACAUGGAGGAACGGUGCCAGAUGAUCGAAAAUUGCGGCGGGAGAUUCUACAAAGAGGCCGAUGAGGUUCCAGAGCUCGUUGUUAGGAUACUGGGCGUACACUAG